GAUCCCCAGAGAGGUUCUAUAGCUCAAGCUCUUCGUGAGGCAGUGCCUUCUGACAAACAACUGGAAGAUAUGCUACGGAAUAAAAGUAAACUACAAAGAAAACUGACACAGGAUUUAGCCAGCACUGCCAUCACUGACAUGAUUAUGAUAAGCUCAUGCGAUAGAGAGGCAGCAAGACUUCGGUCUUUGCAAGGCAAAGGGGCAGGGGCAUGGAUAAAUACGAUACCAACUUCGCAGAAGCUCGCACUAGAAUCCCGCGAUUUUCGCUUGGCGGCCUGCAUGAGGUUGGGAUUGUCUAUGCCCUUCAAAGGAUAUAUCCAAAGAUGUGAUUGCGGUGUCUCCCUUGAUGGAUCUGGCUAUCAUUUCUUGACAUGUAAAUGGGGUGGUGGGCCUGUCUGGUCCCACGAGUCCAUAGCUGCAGUGUGGGCAGAUUGUUUGAGAGAUCUCCAUAUACACCACCGACGGGAACCUAGAAACAGGUACUCAAACUCAAAUGACCGCCCGGAUAUCUCUGUUUUUGACUGUGGCUCUGGGUCUAAUGUGGACCUGGACAUCUCACUGGCGCACCCAUGGAGCUCUGAAAUCGUCAGCAGUGCAGCACACACAGAUGGAGCUGCAGCACUAAAGAGAGAAGAGAAGAAGCUGACCAAAUAUUACAAACAACUCCUUCCUGGGGGAGAAUCGUUCACCAUUGUCCCCUUAGUCCUGGAGCAUUUUGGAAGAUGGGGCAAGGAAUCAGAAUGUUAUCUACAACAAUUGUCCCUCAGAUCUACAGACGACUUGGGAAGACUGAACAGGGCGGAGUUUUUGCUGCAGUGGAGACAACGCAUUUCAGUUCAGUUGCAAAAAUGCAAUGCGAAAGUUAUCUAUCGCAAGGUAGAGGGUGUGCUGAGAAGUGGCAAAUAAGAAGUGUUAUCUGUAAUAAUAGAGAAGAAACGUGGACCAAUACGGUCCAUAUAUCAUAUAUGUUUUUUCAAGUGUAGUUUAUGCAGAGAACAAAACUUUCAAAUAUUUUACUUUAGACGUGGCUGUACUAGCUCCUCUAGCCUGUAAUAGUUUCGAUGUUUGAAAUUAUACUACCAUUGACAGACAGACAGACAGACAGACAGACAGAC